AUGGAGGGGACAGACCAGCAGUACAUCCCCACGACAGACCAUGUGAUGGACUGCAGCAUCAACAUGACCAAGAUGGAAGGUCUAGCAAAGAAGUUUGAGCUCGACAGCAACUUCCAGUACUACAAGCGCUACAUCAAAACCCAGCGUGAGCACAUCCCGCGCAAGUCAAUCACCAAGCUCGACCAGCGCUUUUUGCCUACUGCAUUCACCGCUGUGGCAUUGGACAAGCCUAACUCAUACGGCCAUGAGAAGUGCAUUGAGCCGAUGCAUUUCCCCGUGCCUCAAUCCCCUUAUCCCGUCUCGGGUAACCUGUCCGACUUCAUGUUUGGUGUUUCCACCACGUUCAAGCGCUUCAGCUCUGAGAAGACGAGCCCCGUCAACGAGUGGACCUACUGGCUUACCGAUGGUAAGGGCCACUCGAAUGGUGGCAAGCUUGUGCUCUUACUUCUGGAUGCAACCGAGGAGCAGAUGGACAAGGCGCGGACUGUGUUGACAAGCAGGGGAAUCGAUGUUGACGUCUACCAUUCGGAUUCGUCAAUGGAGAUGGCUGUCCGCUACUUGACGCUGAUCCCGACACUGUACGAUCACCCAGAGCGCCCGAACAAGAAGUGGCUCGUGUCCUGUGACGACGACACCUUCUUCCCAAGCGUCCACACCCUGGUCGAGAAGUUUAAGCAGUACGAUCCUGAGGACAUGCUUUACAUCGGCACGCUCUCGGAGGAUGUGAACAACAUUGACCGUCACGGUUCCCAAGCCUUCGGCGGUGCCGGUGUCUUCAUCUCGGUUCCGCUCGCCGCCAAGGUUCGCCAUGAUUACCAGACAUGCAAAACGGAGCAAAAGAUCCACGAGUCGAACUCUGGUUGGGGUCCUCAGGGUGAUAUCUUGCUGCGCAAGUGCAUCUACGAAAACACCGACGUCCGCUUGUCUGUCCUUCAUGGCCUGUACCAGCUUGAUCUUUAUGGCGAUCCUUCGGGUUUCUACGAGUCUGGAAUCAAGCCCAUCACGCUGCACCACUUCAAGGGUGGCGGUUGGCACUUGGCCCUCCCCUCAGAGUACACCAAGUUGGCAUACAUCUGUGGCGAGGACUGCACGCUUAUGCGUUUCCAGACGGCCGAUAACUUUAUUCUGUCGUCCGGCUUCAGUGUCGUGCACUACCCCAAGGGCAUCAACUUCAACCUCGCGCAGAUGGAGCGCACUUUCGCCGCCGCGCCCCAAGAUAAGGGAUGGAACCUUGACUAUGUGUUCGACCCCCAGAGACCCAGUCUUCUCAAAACUGGACGCAAGAUCAGCUGGGACCUUCAAGAGGCGGUGUUGAACCCCGACAACACGCUUACUCAAUACUAUGUCCGCAAGGCGAAUGACUGGAGAUGGGUCGAUGGUAACGACGUACCGAUGUCAUCUGCCGACGGCCUGAUUGAGCUGGUAUGGCUUCCAUGA